GAGACGGAGGGGCAACCUCUUUGGGACUAACUCAUGAAGAACAAGGGUGCCAAGCAGAAGCUGAAACGAAAGGGAGCCGCCAGUGCCUUUGGCUGUGACCUGACCGAGUAUCUGGAAAGCUCAGGACAGGAUGUUCCAUAUGUAUUGAAGAGCUGUGCAGAAUUUAUAGAGACUCACGGCAUUGUGGAUGGAAUUUAUCGGCUUUCGGGAGUCACCUCAAAUAUACAAAGGCUAAGGCAAGAGUUUGGCUCAGAUCAAUGUCCAGAUCUGACAAGGGAAGUGUACCUCCAGGACAUCCACUGUGUGGGCUCACUCUGCAAGCUGUACUUUAGGGAGCUGCCCAACCCCCUUCUGACUUAUGAGCUCUAUGAGAAAUUCACGGAGGCCGUGUCUCAUUGCCCGGAAGAAGGCCAACUGGCCCGAAUCCAAAAUGUUAUCCAGGAGCUUCCCCCAUCCCAUUACAGGACCUUGGAAUACCUGAUUCGACACCUGGCCCACAUUGCCUCCUUCAGCAGCAAGACCAACAUGCAUGCCAGGAACCUGGCCCUGGUGUGGGCACCAAACCUGCUCAGGUCCAAAGAGAUCGAAGCCACUGGUUGCAAUGGAGAUGCUGCUUUCCUUGCAGUUCGGGUCCAGCAGGUGGUGAUUGAGUUCAUACUGAAUCAUGUGGAUCAAAUCUUUAACAACGGCACUCCUGGGUCUUUGGAGAACAAUGAAAACCCGCCAAUCAUGAAGAGCCUGACCUUGCCAGCCCUCUCCUUGCCCAUGAAGCUGGUGAGCCUGGAGGAAGCUCAGGCUCGGAGCCUGGCUACUAACCAUCCUGCUCGGAAAGAAAGGAGGGAGAAUAGCUUGCCUGAAAUUGUCCCUCCUUCCAUGGGCACCCUCUUCCACACAGUUCUUGAGUUACCAGACAACAAAAGAAAGCUCUCCAGUAAAUCAAAGAAAUGGAAAUCAAUAUUUAACCUGGGACGUUCUGGAUCAGACUCCAAAUCAAAGCUGAGUAGAAAUGGGAGUGUAUUUGUGAGAGGGCAGAGGCUCUCAGUGGAAAAGGCUACUAUCCGACCAGCUAAAAGCAUGGACUCAUUGUGCUCAGUGCCUGUGGAAGGGAAAGAAACCAAAGGAAAUUUUAAUCGAACAGUCACCACUGGUGGAUUUUUCAUUCCAGCGGCAAAAUUGCAUUCGACCAGCCCUGGCAGCUCCUGUGACCUCAGCAAGCAGGAGGGCGAGUGGGGCCAGGAGGGGAUGCCGGCAGGGGCAGAGGGGGGCUUUGACGUGAGCAGUGACCGAAGCCAACUCGAGAGUGCUCAGGCCCGGCCCCCACCUGAGCAGCUGAAGGUGUUCCGGCCCAUCGAGGAUCCCGAGAGCGAGCAAACAGCCCCGAAGAUGCUGGGUAUGUUCUACACAUCAAACGACAACCCCAGCAAAUCUGUCUUCACCAGCAGUCUCUUCCAGAUGGAGCCCUCACCCCGUCACCAGCGCAAGGCCCUGAACAUCUCUGAGCCCUUCGCUGUGUCCGUGCCGCUCCGUGUGUCGGCUGUCAUCAGCACCAACAGCACCCCGUGCAGAACACCCCCAAAAGAGCUCCAGUCACUUUCCAGCCUGGAAGAGUUUUCUUUCCAGGGCUCAGAGAGUGGAGGUUGGCCUGAAGACGACAAGCCACUGGGCGCUGAGACUUCUGCAGCUUCUGUACCUAAGAAGGCGGCUCUCGAGGAUGCCAAGCCAGGACCGGAAGCAGUGAGGACAGAGGAAUGCAGCAAAGACCUCUCCCUGGAGCCAGGCUCCCAACUGGAGGAAAAGAAGGCUCCAGAAAUCUCCCUGGGUUCUCAACAUCCAAGUGAAUUAGAGAAGAGGCUAGAUCCAGAGAAGGUGGUGGAGGAGGGUCGUGAGGCUGACCAGGGGAAGCCCAGCACUCUGCAGGAGAGCCCCCGGGCCAGAGCCGAAGCCGUGUUUCUCCACGAGAUGGAUGAAGAUGAUCUGGCCAACACCCUGAUCUGGCCCGAGAUUCAACAGGAGCUGAAAAUCAUUGAAUCUGAGGAGGAACUCUCACUGCCACCACCUGCUCCAAAGAUCUGCCCAGUUCAGUCAAUCCUGGAGCCCAGUCCAGGGCCUCUCCCUUCCCCAGAGCCUCCUGGGAGCUUGUCCUGUGGCCCAACUGCUGUCUCCACCCCUGUGGAGGAGUGGACUAGGGAUCCAACCAAUCAGAGCACACAGGGGACUUCCACGGCAGCCAAUAGAGAAAAGCCAGAGACUAUGAACAGCCUCCACCCAUCUGAGCCAGAGAAGGGCCAGCGCCCAGAUCCCACCAGCCUGGCUCCUCUGGAAAUCGCACCGUUUGAGGCGGCUUCUCCACAAGCAAGGGUGGACCAGGGAGGGAAUCUGUCUCCUCUGCUCCCACCUGCCGCGCCCCCUCCAACUCCUCUGGAAGAGGCGCCUCGAGAUCAGCUAUCAAAGGGCAGCCCUGAGAGAGAAGACUCGUCUAGGAAUUUGCAGACAAAUCCAUAUAUAGACCAUCUGAAGUCCAAAGGCAGCCCUGGGACCCCCAGACUUUGUCAGGGGGAGGAGGUCUCUCUAGGGGAAAGCGAACAUCAAAAUUCAGAGAAUGCUGCCCCUGAGGGAAAAGGCUCUGGUCUUCGAAGCCCAACAAGAGAGGUUGAGAUCUCCCCACAAGGAGAGGGGGAUGUAGCCCAUUCGGUGCAGGAGCCCUCAGACUGUGAUGAAGACGAAACUGUGACAGACAUUGCCCAGCAUGGCCUGGAGAUGGUGGAACCCUGGGAGGAGCCCCAGUGGGUAACGAGUCCCCUUCACUCUCCCACCCUGAAAGAUGUGCAAGAGGCCCAGGUGCAGGGCACCCAGGGCCACCGAUUGGAGAAGAGGCUUCCCCACAGGCCCAGCCUUCGCCAGAGCCAUUCUCUGGAUAGCAAAACCACCUCUGUCAAGAGCCAGUGGACUCUUGAGACUCCCUCCUCCAGCAGCUGUGCUAACCUUGAGGCAGAGAGGAAUUCCGACCCUCUGCAAUCCCUGGCAUCCAGGAGAGAGAUUACUGAACGGGAUGAGAAAACCCUAAGGUCCUUCAGAGAGUUCUCUGGCCCAAAAGGGACAGAGGCUGUUCCCAGCCAAAAGGGACCAAGUGGUUUGCAGCCCAAACCAGCAGAAAUCAGCCCUGUCAGCCUGGCAGAGGGAAAGGAACUGGGGGCACACCAAGGGCACAACAACCCUCAGAUUGAGCAAGGUAGUGUUCCUGGGCCAGACAAUAGCAAGGAAAGUUCACCUAGUGUGCAGGACAGUACCUUGCCUGGAGAGCAUCCCCCAAAGUUACAGCUGAGAGGCACUGACUGUGGACCCCCCAAAGGGAAACACAGGCCUUCUUCCCUCAAUUUGGACUCUGCCAUUCCCAUCACUGACCUCUUCCGGUUUGAGAAUGUGGCCUCAUUUGGUUCACCUGGAAUGCAGCUCUCUGAUCCAGCAGACAGGAAAGUCACAUGGAUGUCAUCAUCUCACUGUAAAGUAGACCCAUGGAGCAUUUACUCCCAGGACCCUCAGGACUUGGACAUUGUUGCUCAGGCCCUGACAGGCCGCCGUAACUCGGCUCCUGUGAGUGUGUCAGCUGUGAGAACCUCCUUCAUGGUCAAAAUGUGCCAGGCCAGGGCAGUCCCAGUCAUCCCACCCAAGAUUCAGUAUACACAGAUCCCACAGCCCCUGCCCUCUCAGAGCUCAGGCGACAGUGGGGCUCAGCCUCUGGAAAGGGGCCAAGAGGAACCCAGCUCAACUGGUGAGACCAAUCAGAAAUCUGCCAAAGAUGAUUCUGUCUCUUCCUCAGAAAGCCCAAAAGAAGAGAAAUCAAAGCAAGAUACAGGAACCACUGCAUCCUUGCCAAUGGAUACCACUACAUCCCACAUGUGUGAGGGACCCACCCUUCCUCCAGAACCAGUCUUGGCUAACCUGCUCUCCACCCAGGAUGCAACAGUGCAAUGCAGAAAACGCACAUCAGAGACAGAGCCAUCUGGAGACAACCUUCUUUCUUCAAAAAUAGAGCGACCAUCAGGGGGAUCUAAGCCUUUCCACAGGUCAAGACCGGGAAGACCUCAGAGCCUAAUCUUAUUCAGUCCCCCUUUCCCCAUUAUGGACCACCCUCCCCCUUCAUCCACAGUGACAGAUUCCAAGGUUCUUCUGUCCCCCAUCAGAAGUCCCACCCAGACAGUUUCCCCUGGCCUUCUUUGUGGGGAUUUGGCAGAAAACACGUGGGUCACACCAGAAGGGGUUACACUUAGGAAUAAAAUGACCAUCCCUAAGAAUGGCCAAAGACUAGAGACCUCAACCAGCUGUUUUUACCAGCCCCAGCGGAGAUCAGUGAUUCUGGAUGGAAGAAAUGGGAGGCAAAUAGAAUGACAUCAGUUCACUGGUGUCUGAAAAAAAUGUCAUGAUUCAUCAUCUGGAAGUUAUUACAGGGCCAACUUGCCAUUAUUCCAGGCGUAGGUUAUCCAAAUUUGGGCUUAUUUUGGCCUCUUCUCUUUCUUCAGACUUUUGACCAUUUAUUAAUUAGUUCGUUUGCCAGAAAAGAGGUCAAGGGAAGGACCAAGAGAUGAAAUUUAGAUAAAUCCAUAACGGCAGGUGGGAAAAGAUCAGGUAACAGAACAGGGUGAAAUUCUUGCCUCCAAUGAGAUUUCGGUUUGUUUGUGAGUUGCAUUUCUCCCACAUUGUCAUUAUCUAUUACCGUUGAGAGUUGGCUAAAAUAACGUCUUUUGAAAGAAAGAGAAAUCCUUUGCCUGUGUUGGAAAAUGUUGCUGUUGAGGUUUGAAGGCCUCCUUUUUACAUCAUGCUCUUUAAUGCUCUUUAAAGCAUGUGUUCUUUUAGACCAGCUUUCUGAUAAGCUUUGUAAAAGUGUACACUCCAGAAUGGAAGAAGAUUUGGAAGUGCGAACUAACACUUAAAGAUCCAACUGGGUGAAUUUCCCUGGAAUCUCUGCAGACCUGUCCAAGAUGGCUCCAUAUAUCAGCGUUGAAAAUCAGAAUCUAUACACAAGAACAAAUCCUGAGACUGGAAAAAUCUAAGAAAACUUAUUGGCUGUGGCUUUUGCUAACUUGGGACUCUACCAUUAUCCUGACCUCUGAUUUACAAAUCCAGUAGCUGGGCAAGGUGGGGGCUGAGCUGAGCUGAGGGUUACCUCGGUGAAAUGUGCUGAAUCUUCACUUGAGUAUGCAAUAGUGAAGUGAAGUGAUCUGUUUUCUUUCCAAAUCAGAGUCCAAGAACAGGAUAUCAUCAUAGAGAAAAACCUCACGCAUGGGCAGAACCAUACUCUAAACUUAAUGUGUUUAAAUUGGUUGGGCAUUAGAGAAAACACCUCUAGCUCAGCUUCCCUCUCCCCCACACUAGGCUGGGAGUACAGGAAAGGAUAAGUGGGGAACCCUGGCAGGGUGACCAUCACUACCACUUGGUGAGAGCUGCCCUUCUGAAUAUGCAUUUCAUUUUAGCCAGUGGGUGCCUCCCCCUCUCCCUCUCCUUCCAUUACUCAGAGCAUAUUUGAGUAUCUUUCUCCUUUCCGUAAUCCCCCUCAUCCAUCACCCACCCCAGCACUCCAACUUGCCCUUCUUCUGUCUAUACGCAGGCAGAAGCAAUAAACCAAUCUGAUCUUAUUUCAGUUUUUUAGAACUUCCAAUGGUUCUUUCCUUUUUGAUUGGUGAGAGGAAGGAGAACUAAUAUAAUCUGCUGGCAGAUUUUUGGUGCUUCCCCCAAAAAGGGCUUCACAGGAGCCCUUCUCAAGGCAAAAGCCAUUAGAGUAUCAGCAGUUUCAAACCUAAGACAACGAUCUUAUUUGAGAAACAAAUUAAAAUAGACCUGUUUCUAGCCCUAUCCACGACUUCUCAGGGUCAAGUCUGGCUGAACUCUGUCCACAAGCUCAGUCAUUGCAGAACUUUUUCUAGGGGCUAGCCAGUACCUCUGGGCAGGCCUCACAACCCAUGCUGCUGCUGGGGUAGGUAGGGGCUGAAUUAAAGUUACCUCGUCCAGUGAGAAAUUGGAAGCUGAUGCCCUGCAACAGAUACAUAUUCCCCUCUCCCUUCUUCCCUGAUAAACCUUACAGUUUUAAAAUCUUGUCCUAUACCUUUUAAGCCAGUGUCUGUGGUGGGGUAACUGGCAGGCCAACUGAUGAGUUCUACUUUCAGAGGACGCUGAGGUGAGUGAGGAGGGGAGCAGUUAAUAGGCGUUUCGGGGUCUUGCAUUCUCAUUAGGUGAGCAAGACACUGGACCAACAGCUGAGGAGAUGUCAACCCAUUAAAAAAACAAAGUCCUAGGGUAUAGCAUUUUUCCUCCUUGGCAAGCAAGGUGAAGAAAUAUAGUGGUGACAGAUGAGAAAGGCCAUGUUCAGGAGAGUUGAAAAGUACAUUCCUGCCUUAUCAGAAAAUGUGGGCAGAUAGGCUUUAUCCCAAUCGCAGUGCACUAUGGUGUCUAUGCUUUGAUAAAGACCAUGUUCCAGUUACAAUGUGAGAGAGGAAGGGAACUGGACUUUGCCUCACCAUCAGAACUCUGAGCCAAGUAAUGAAAUAUUUAAACUGUUUUACGAUUAUUUUGAAUUUUUGUUUGUAACACUUAGAGGAUAUAUUUUUAUUUGGGAAUAGACUCAGAAGCCACUAAGUACAUAUCAAUGAGUGGGUUCUGCUUGGGGCACCUAGGCACAUUUCUUAAAUGGCUGCCAUGCUCCUUAGACAGACUCUGACACCUUUUGUCUGUAGCAUCAUCUUCAGGAGUUUGGAUAUGUGGAUGCCACCAUGAGACACAAUGACAACUGUCUGGAGAUAUUCUGUAUUCUCAGCUUCCCUAGCCAGUCAAUCCAGAAGGCUGUGGAAGCUGACUCACCUUCUCAAUCAGUGUCCCGCUGCGAAAAUGUGGACUUCUUCUUCACUAUAGCCCAGCCUGUCAGCUGUCACAAACGCAUCCAUAAACUUCCUGGGGACUAGGGCUAGCCUGGCGCUGAGGAAAUUCCAUUUCAUGGCAGAGAACUCAGAUUUUCCCCCCUGAAAUUGUUCCCCCAAAUGCCCUGAGAUGACCUAUUUGGUCAUUCAUUUGGGACUGAAAAAUGACCCCCUUGAGAACGGCCGGCUGGAAAUCAAAUUGCCCACUUCCACCCAGGGGAGGGACAGAACAAGGGCUUGUGUUUUCAGGAGGAUCUACAGGGUGCUCUGCAAAGGGCUGAAAAAUCAAAUUGGCAAAGUGCUCCUUCAAAUCAAUUACCAGUCCUCAAAAUGGGGGUGGCUGGAUUUAAAUGUUGAAAUGAAAUGCAUGCAUCUCCUAAUGGUUUCUUUCAGUGUUAGCAGUUGCUUGAGAGUAUAAUCUGUAUUUAUUGGCAAAAUGGCCCUCUCAGGCCAGCUAUUUUUUUCUUUUCUUUUUUGCCAAAAUGGACCAGAUAGAGGGAAAUUUGGUUUUUAUUCUUUGCUUUAGAUGGAAUGUGAAGAGACCUGACCAAGAACUCCAUUAAGACAGCUUAAUCUAAGCCAUAAAAUUCAAAAUAUUGACCGACUCAAAAUGCGGGAUUCUGGGGAAUUUAAAAACGUAAUAAACAUCAUCAUCCUCAACAGUAUUUAUCAAGAGCUUACUAAUAUUGCACUGGGUGCCUUAGAACUUAAAUCCUUGAAGAGUCUACUGAAAAAGGGGAGAGGCAUGGUAGCAAAUGAAAUAGUCCAUAAACAAAUAGGCACAAGAUUUAGAACCAUUAAGUUAUCAAAUGACAGCUGAAAGGGAAACAUGUAGCAACUAGCAUCUUUUAAUAGGAUUGUUAAUAGUGUUCGAGUUACCUACUGACUUUCAUCAAAUUAAACACAAUUGCAAAUCCAGCAGAAGGUACUAGGGAGACAGGCGUUGAGAAUUUUGCUUUGUUUAAAAAAUGAGAGAGCGGUAAUCAAGAACAAAUAGUUCUGAAGUUGUGUGUAGUCUUAAUUGGUUUGGUUGUGAAGUCCUGCUGAUCUCUGCUAAUGAGCCAGGUAAUAGCAUGCCAUGCUCCUGAGAGGGGGCUUUAGAGACUUCCAUCACCACAAAAUGUAUUAACUCCUGUUGAUGAUGAAGUCAUAGGUCCAAGAUAAGCUGCUCCUUUCAUGCCUAAUGUGCAGCGCAUGAUAAUCACAUUUGACUAAAAUUGGGUGGUUUAUUUAUCUACACAGGUCUUGAAGGGGCAGUGGGGAGCAUAAGAUUCAUUUGUCUGGAAUUGGAGUGGGAGAGGUUCGGGACAGGACCACAUUCUACCACCGGCUUGUCCUAUCUGAUGACAAAAUUAAUCUUGGGGUUAAGCGUUGUCAGGAGUAUGAUUUUAGGCACUUCCAGCAGGAAGGUCAGCUCAAAAUGUGGAAUGACAAAGAACGUGUCCUCCUUUGUCAUCACCUUCCAAGCAUGGAGAGGCAUAGGAGAUAGAAAAAGGGUGAUUGCCUGAGAUCAGUGUCAGUCUAGAUAGUAUAAAACUGGGGGCCACCACAGACGAACUGGCACACAGCAGAUCAUUUAGCAGCCUUGAGGUUCAUGAGCAAUGCAAAAUCACUUCUCUGUGAGGUUGAAGGAGGAUGUAGCUAAAUAUAAGAAACCCACGAAGUAGGUAGCUGUGUGUUUUACUGGAUGGAUCACAAUGCUUUGCAAUAACAAUGCCAUAGUAAUUCCUGGCUUGUAAUUCUGCAAGAUAAAGCACUUUUUCAAAGGCAUCUGUUAGAAAUCUACAUGGAUUCAGCUGUUUGUUGAGCUCGACAAGUGUUUCCAAAGAUAUAGUCAAAUUGUUUCUAUUGAUUAAAAAAGUAUAAAUAUUAAACCUAUCCAUAGAGACAUUUAAGUGUAAUUAAAACAGAUGUUAUGCUUUAAAAAUGUAUUCUAAUAAAUGAUAUAAAGGAUAAUGCUUAUGAUGGCACUGUGAACUAGAGAAAGACCUGGGCUCAUCAAAAUCAAUAAUAGGAAAAGUAGAUUAUAUGCAUCAGGCUCAUUGUUCUGGUUUGAUGUUGGUUUUCUUUCUUCAAGGUUUGGUUUCACAGCUGGAGUCCUGAUGAUUUGCUUGAGUAAAUUUUUCUUGUUUUUGUUAUUUUACCUCUUAAUAUUGUCAAAUAUUUGCAACUUCUCUCUCUUACUGUUGUAAUCAUACAUGUUACCAAAGAUACCCAUUAUAAAUCAAUGGAUAUUGUCAUGAAAAUUAAGAAGAAAAAAAGCUAUUGCUUCUCAAAAGUCCACAGCUUACCAAGUUAUGUGAAUCCAUCUGCACAGAUGUGAACUCAAUUUUUCUAUUACUUGAAUCAGUCAAUUGGAGGGGACUGCUCUUUCAUUUGAAUGAUUAUGUUAAUGGUGCUUGGAGGGAAAGAAGCAAAAUCCUGGCAUAUAUUAUCACAAAAAAAGGGGGAGAAAGGCACUCAAUGGGUCUAAAUCACAGGCCCUUAGAAAAAAAAAAUCACACAACCAAGGCUUACAAUCUGGCAAUGAAAAACACCACUGCCAAGGGGACAAAAAUACUAGCCUUCUAAAUAAAAACAUUUAGAACUUCACACUA